CUGCUUGGGCGGCCUGCCAGGAGCCGAGGCUUGGAGCAACGAGCGGGCGAGGGUGGAUGCAAAUCGCACGCUGCCCUCUGACCUAGCUGGUCUGGGGCGCUCUCGUCCUGCUCCUCCCUCUCCCCUCUCCGUCUCUCUGGCCUUUCUGGGGCGCCGCCGCCCUUCGCCAGGUCUUCGCCGGCGACGGUUACACACCAGGCUGAGCAAAUAUUCUUCCGCCAAUGGCGAGGGAACCAAGUCCUGAAAUAGAUGACGAACUUUUCAAUGAAGUUUAUGGGAAAGCAUACAGUGGCCCAGUUGCAUCAGCUGCAAAUAGUGCGACUCCUAAAGUAAAUGCUGAGAAGAGGCCCCUGACUCGUGAUAAGUCCGAUGAUGAAGACGAGGCCCCAGAUCCUAAUGCUGUUCCUACGGACUUCACUAGCCGAGAGGCUAAGGUCUGGGAGGCUAAAGCUAAGGCUACUGAAAGGAACUGGAAGAAGAGGAAGGAGGAAGAAAUGAUUUGUAAAAUAUGUGGAGACUCAGGCCAUUUUACUCAGGGUUGUCCCUCCACACUUGGGGCAAAUAGGAGAAAUGCAGAUUUUUUUGAAAGAGUUCCAGCAAGAGAUAAGCAAGUCAGGGAUCUUUUCAAUGAUAGGAUAAUAAGCCAGAUUGAGAGAGAUGUGGGGUGUAAAAUCAGAAUGGAUGAGAAGUUCCUGUUUGUCAGUGGAAAGGAUAGGUUAAUAUUAGCCAAAGGUGUGGAUGCUGUGCAUAAAAUUAUUCAAGAGGGUAAAGGCAAACAUAGUCCAAGCAGUCCGAAACCGGAUCGCUCUAGAUCGCCUGUACGAAACACUACUGAGUUUCGACCCAGACACUCUGAUUCUCAUCGCUCACAUAGCCCCAGAAAUUAUGAUUCUCAACGGUCCCAUAGUCCAAGAAAUGCAUCACACUCUCAAAGUAAAGGAUACCAUAAUGAAAGGCAUCUAGAUGGUCGCUUACACAACAAUAUGCCCAGGUUUUCAAAAGGCUCUUCACAAGCUCAAGCUCAUGCCAACUUCGGAGCAAAAGGUCGUCCAGCCCAAUCAAAAUCUCCACGCCAUACCUCUUAUCUUGAUGAAUUUCCUAGAACACAUGGCGAGAAUAACCAAUUUGCUUCACACGUGCCCAAUGACUGGGGAAUUGAGAGGCAUGGAGCAGAUGGCUCUUCAAGUCUUAAGUUUGAAAUGCCAUCCCACCAACAGACCUUGGAAGAGCUUGAGUUGGAGUUUAAAAGGGAAGCUACACAAUUAGCUAGAGCUCGUGACCAAGAGGAGGAUGAAGAGAACCACAGGCAUCGAGAGUCGCUGAGAGUGAUUAGAGAAAAUUACAUGGAGAGAGUGAUUACCAUGAGGAAUUUGCAUUCAAGGAAGUGGGAAGAAUUUCUUGAACAAACCUUUAAAAGGCAACAAGCACAGCCUUCGUACACACAAACUGGCUAUCCAGGUUUUGAGCAGAGGACGACACAUAUCUCAGCUACACAUCAACCAAUGGAUUCAAAGAGAACAUAUCCAUAUGCUUCUGAUAGCUAUUCAGCCCCAAAGGCUCAUGCUGCAUAUGGUGAGUUUCAGCAUGAGAGGCAUGAUGAUCUUGGGAGGACCUAUGGGCGAUAUUAACUGUUUAAUAGUGGGUGAUUGUGUGAGGAAUCAGUGUCAAUGGUGUUCUACUUAGGCCCUCUUAGCACCUAUUGCUGUUAUGUAGCUUGAGAAGGUAAGAAUUCAUAUGUAGGCAGAACUCUCUUCCAGUUGCUUCUUUUGCAGCGUCUACAACCACAACGGACUGUGGAGCUGUUCCCAUGGAAUUCAGGCAUUGUAACAAGCUGCUUUGCAAUGAACUACACUGAAAUGCUAUAACAAAAAUAUUAACCUGUGUGACUAUUUUAUCUGCUUAGCAGAAAUCUCCCCGAAUUGGCGUUUGUGUGAACCUAGUAUUUUUUUUCCUAACUUGACAUGUCAAUAUGCUAGGUCUAUUCGAAUGGCUGUUUGCAUCA